GAAAGAGUGUUUUAAUUUCAAAAGCCAUGUCGUCGUUUGUGCAGUUCUUUGUUGUUUCGUGCUUUGCCUGCAUUGUCCUUCUGCUUGUGCCCUCUUCGUGUCAGGCAGCCACCCAGGCUACACCUCUCUGCCAGGCAGGUAUUGUUGAGGAAAUGCCCGUACACAUCAAGAAGGUCUGCAUGGCUUUGGAAAAUUCGGAUCAAUUGACAUCGGCUCUUAAGUCAUACAUCAAUAAUGAGGCAUCUGCUCUGGUGGCCAACUCUGAUGAUCUAUUAAAGAACUACAACAAACGCACAGAUGUCGAUCAUGUCUUUUUGCGUUUCGGCAAACGUCGUUAGGAACCAUCAACUCCGAAUGAACUUUAGAAACUUUUUCCGUUGACGACUCCUUAGGACGAUCUAAUCUUGACUCGAACCAAAACGGCAACAAGGUUUUUCUGUUUAACUGUUUAAAGUAACAUCAAUGGAAAAGAGAAUAUGAAGUACACAGCACAAUUCAAUUGGCGUCCUUAAAAAAACGUAUUAUAUCCAAAAAAAAAAAAAUAAAAAAAAAAUCUCAAUGGAAGU